AUGCUCAAGCGGCUGGGUACCGUGACCCGGGCGCUGUCUCCCACAGCACGUGCAUCUCCGCACUCCCCUUCACAGACCUCUCCUGUCGUCCAGUCAGGGACCGCCGCCACUCGCCAUCCGCCGCCGUCGCCUCGGCUCAAGCUCAACCUUCAAUCCCGUCAUGUCCACGACAACCAGGACCAUCCUGUCGUCGUAUAUCCUGAUGUUCAAGACGCUGCGAGCAAACGCACCGACUUGGUCGACGAGGUGUUGGUCCUUCUGGACCAGUUACUGCGUCGCAUGGACGCCAUCAAACCCAAGAAACUUCGGUCCAUCCGCCUUGGCGGCGAGUUGCGAGGGCUGCUGGGCAAAGCAGAGGACGAAGUGCGAGCCCACCAAGCCACGUUCUCAGCCUACUUGGCGACCACCCCUGGCCUGAACAUCCAAAUGACCAACUUUCUCGCCAGUGUCCACGGGCUGGAGCCAAUCAUCCACUCCAUUCAUGCGACAUCGUUCCUCGUCAAUGCGUUUGUGAAGAAAUCCAUCCAGUUUGCAUUCCAAGAAAUCAGCUCCUACUAUGCUUCCAUUUUCACUGAGCUAUCGCUGGCAGUCGCCCAAGCGACGGGGUCUGCCGCGGAAGCUGCCGUCUUAGCCGCCCUCAGCAAGCCAACUAUCGCACCAGUACCGGAUGAACCGCCACCUGUCGACUACGAGGCCAUGUACUUGCUGGGGCAUCAGCAUUACUUUGGCCACGGCAAAGACAAAAACUCGAGUCUGGCGUUCCGGCUGUAUCUCACCGCUGCAACCCACGCCCAUGUGGAUGCAAUGGUUUGUGUGGGCUGUAUGCUUCGCGACGGAAUAGGCACAGAUGCUGAUCAAGAAGAAGCGAUGACGUGGCUCACUCGGGCAGCGGACGAAGGAGCCCUGCUUGGCGCGUCCAAUCUGGGCUUGCUGAUGAUGGACAAAGCCGACCGAUGUCCUCAAUCGACCAAGCAACACGAAUUGUAUGCGAUGGCGCUGGUUCGGCUCACGCAGGCCGGUGAUCGAGGGGUCGCGGCCGCCCAAUACGCCGCAGGAACCAUAUAUCAACGCAAACUGGCGCCAGUGGACGUAACAAAAGCAAUGGACUGGUUUGUGAAGGCCAGUGCUGCAGCGUACGCCCCAGCGGAUUUUGCACUUGGGCACUUGUAUUUUGACCAAGACAAGGCCCUGUCAGCCCACCAUUUUCAACGGGCGUUGCAGAAUUCACAAACAGGUGGAGAGGUCCAGAGCGAUGCUGCUGCUGAUGCGCGAUACUGUCUUGGGUGUAUUUACUCUGCUGGAGAAGAUGUGACAGAGGACCUUCCUCGGGCAUUAGCAUACUUUCGACAGGCGGCAGAAGCUGGACAGGCAAAAGCGUGCUUAGAAAUGGCCCACCGCAGCUUACAGACACCCCAUCAAGCAUUGCGCUACCUGUUGUUAUGUCGAAUCUUUGAAAGUGCCGAGUUCGACAGUCGAAGUACUGCAUUACGCCAUUACAUUGCGGCGGCCGACCAGGGACAUGUCGAAGCAGCGAAACGGGCGGCGGCGAUGUUUUACUCGGGAGUAGUCGACGCCAAGAAGGUUGCUCCCGAUCGGGUUAAGGCACUGGCACUGUACACGAUCGCGGCAAGGAAGAACGACCCAGAGGCGCUGAAUGCACUCGGCCUCAUGCACGAGGAAGGCGUGGGGUGCCAUAUGGACGUGGGCAAAGCCGCCGAAUUCUUUGGGGAGGCGGCGGCGCGCGGCAGUUCCCACGGCCACUUCAACCUAGGGUGCUUAUUGCAAUCCGGAAAAGGCAUCCAACAGGAUUAUGCCAAAGCGAAAUGGCACUUUGCACAAGCGGCCGCCCUCGGAUAUGCCAUCGCCAGGCAUCAUCAUUUCCACCAAGAAUCGACCAGAUAAGUUAGAGCAUCUCCAACGGUAAAUUCUAACCUAUUGCUAAGGGCGUGUUCGGA